AUUUGAUUUAAAAAUUCAAACAUUCAAAAUACUUUAAACACGGAAAAUGAAAACCCCUGUUUGAUCACUUGAUAAAGGGAAACUUAGAGAGGUACAUAUACGAGCAAAAUCGAGCUCGGGCAGAACCAAAAUUUUGCAAAUCAAUACAGCCUAGGAGUACCUUCUUUGCUAAUUCCUAAUUAGACACUAAGAACCAAUUUGAGUAGUGCACUGCGUUAAUUGUCAGAUCGAACAUACAGCAGCCUAGAAAAGCUAUUCAUAAAAUAUCAUCCGUCCGGAAGUCGAAUGUAAAGUCAGCAAACUAUUCAAGCGCUCUGCAGUUCAGCUGACCAUGUUCAAGGACACCGAGACCGCAUCGACCAGCGGAUUCGCACGGGAGGUGGGCGGUGCGCACUCGACACCUGACGCCCCACUGCCCAUUCUCGGUGCCACGCCCCCCGACGCCAGCCGCACGCUGGACCGCCGCCUAAACCCCAACGCACCUGAGUUCGUGCCCGACUUCAAGGCCAGCCAGGUGGCCAAAAAGCUGUUCGAUGACCUAUCACCCUAUACCCGCUGGAGCACGGCUUCCUCGGAGGACAUUUCCUACGGACCACGCUACGAGUCCAUCUGGUGUGAGGCCACCCUCCAGCAACAGCUGCGCCUUCCCAAUCCUGACUUCAAUUACAGUCUAGAUCCCAGUGAGUAUGAGGUUGGAGAACUGGAGUUCGACGAGGUUCAGGCCAUGAACAUCGGAGCCGAAUCCUAUGAUCCCCUGGAUCGUAGCACAGCAGUCAGCCAGGCAAUGAAUCAAAGUGCCGAGAUUGUGGGGGACGUACAGUCGCAACUGGAGGAAUCGUUGGAUGAGGGGAAAAACCAUCGCUUUCAGAACCGCCAUUCCUCCAGACCGACCAGAAGAUGCUGUCUGCUCAUGUAGAAACCAAGGCCUGGCGAAUUUCAAUCAUUUACAAUUUAUAUUUACACCUGUAAGCAGAUUAAUUAAAAUGAUCCAUUACUCUCUAACAAA